AUGAAUGAACGUGGGCCUCAUGCAAUGCAUGUCCUACUUUUGCAUCCUGAUAAUAAAGAAUUUAUUUAUCGGAAUUGUAUAGCUCUACAAUCAUCGUCAGGUUCUACUUACCUGGAAAACCUUGUCUUGUUCGUUUUGGACUAUGGUGGUUUCGUAAACAUGGUUGCAGAAGGAACCAAAAGGCCUCAAGUUUCAUUAGCUAUACUUCCACCACCUCGGAAAAUUAACGUGCAGAAAUAUGCUGAAUCCCGUGCCCUUGAGCUCCAGAGUCUUCAAUCUAUCAUAGAAAAUAGAGGUUUGGAGAAGGAUCAACUAAAGAAGCUUCAUCGGCGUGUUCGGCGAAGAUAUGAACUAAAGAAAAACCUAGAGAAUGGUUUUUGCACUUCUGGGGAUGGAACCAAGAGGCUGAGAACUCAUGUUUGGCAUGCAAAACGGUUUGCCAUGACCAAGCUUUGGGGUUACCAUCUUCCUUUGUGUGUUCAAGGACGAGGGAAAGGUUCGAGGGCACUCUUGAAAAGGCUCAAACAAGGGGUGCUUAUACACGAUGCAAGCUAUUAUACUGCUAUCCAAUUGGAGGGUCCAGAGGAUUCAUUAAUGUCGGUAUUAAGGUUGGUACUAGAACCCCCUCCAGCAACAAUCACAUAUCCUGGAAAUCAUGAUGACUCUGUUCUUUCCAGUGUAACCUAUGGAAGUGCAAUGAAGACUAAUUCAUUACCAAAUCCUUGUCCUGAAAGCUUUAAAAUUUCAAACUCUGACUCAAUGAGUAAUUCGUUUGGUGGAACUGUAGUUAGGACAGGUUGUAAGCUGACCACUUUCCUCAAUGAAACCAAAGCUGGUCAGUUGUUAUUGUUUUCAUAUGCAGCAGACGGAGAGGCUAGAAUAUCUAAGUUUAUUAAUGGAGAACUAAAGUUUGAUCCAAGUUCAGAGAGAAGUGAAGAUGGACUUCAAAUGUCCCAGUCUGCAAUAAGAUUAUACUUCAAAGAACACUCUUCUGGUAGAUGGGAAAUGCAGAUACCAGAGGAUUCAAUUUCUAGCAAGUCUCACCGGUGCUCUAUUGGUUUUGUCACAACAGCCUCCCAACAACAGCAGCACGAUGGUAUGCAAGUUCCUCACGGUCCUGAACCUAUGGAAGCAGUUCAAGCAGAAAGCACGAAUACAGUUACUGUUCCAACUGUCGAUGAUACACCAUCUGCGAAAUUCACUUGGACUAUUGACAAUUUUUCGAGUCUUCCUAAAAGAGUCUUUUCUGAUGUUUUCUCUGUAGGGGGCUUUAAGUGGCGGAUACUUAUCUUUUCAAAGGGGAACAGUGUUGACUAUCUGUCAAUGUAUGUAGAUGUUGCAGAUGCAGACAGAUUGCCUUAUGGAUGGAGUAAAUUUGCCCAAUUCAGCUUGACUUCUUCUGUCAUAGCAAAUACCAUCACUUUCAAUGCCCAUGAGUGUGAUUGGGGUUUCAUUAAUUUCAUGCCACUUGCUCAAUUGUAUGAUUCUGCUAGAGGUUAUCUAGUGAAUGAUAAAUGCAUAGUUGAGGCUGACAUUGCUGUGCGUAAAGACUUGGAUUGGUCAUAUGACUCGAAAAAGGAAACUGGUUAUGCUGUUUACCAUAUGCCCACUUCUGAAAAUGACAUGCCAUCAGCGAGCAUACCUCUAGCUUUACAGAGUUUGUUUUACAAAUUGCAGUUCAGUGACACUAGUGUAGCAACAAAAGAGUUAACCAAAUCUUUUGGAUGGGAUUCAUAUGAUUCAUUCAUGCAACAUGAUGUCCAAGAACUCAAUAGGGUUCUCUGCGAGAAGCUAGAAGACAAAAUGAGGGGAACUGUUGUAGAAGGCACUAUACAGAAAUUGUUUGAAGGCCACCAUAUGAACUAUAUUGAAUGCAUAAAUGAGGAUUAUAAAUCAACAAGAAAGGAAUCAUUUUAUGAUCUUCAACUUGAUGUGAAAGGCUGUAAGGAUGUGUAUGCUUCUUUUGAUAAGUAUAUAGAAGUGGAACGGCUUGAGGGUGAUAACAAAUAUCAUGCCGAGCACCAUGGUUUACAGGAUGCUAGGAAGGGUGUAUUGUUCAUCGAUUUCCCACCUGUUCUACAGCUUCAAUUAAAACGGUUUGAGUAUGAUUUUACGCAGGACACUAUGGUAAAGAUCAAUGACCGCUAUGAGUUCCCCUUGCAACUAGAUCUUGAUAGAGAUAAUGGCAAGUAUCUAUCUCCUGAAGCAGACAGAAGUAUUCGGAAUCUUUAUUCACUUCACAGUGGUGAAAAUAGAAUGGUUGAAAGUGGAGUGCAACUCACUUGCACCCUACCCCACAAUGUUUGCCAUGUUUUGGUUCACAGUAGUGGGGUGAAAGGUGGACACUACUAUGCUUACAUUAGGCCAACACUAUCAAAUCAGUGGUUUAAAUUUGAUGAUGAACGAGUAACAAAAGAAGAUGCGAAGAUGGCUUUAGAAGAACAGUAUGGUUGUGAAGAAGAGCUACCUCAUACAAAUCCUGGGUUCAACAGCUCUUCUUUUAAAUUUACAAAAUACUCAAAUGCUUAUAUGCUUGUCUAUGUACGUGAAAGUGACAAGGAUAAAAUAAUUUGUAAUGUGGACGAGAAGGACAUUCCUGAACACCUCAGAGUUGCUCGUGAUGAAGAUAUGCGCGAGCAGAUUGGAAACAAGAUAUUCUUUGAUCUUGUGGAUCAUGACAAAGAAGAAGUUGCCAAAGAAUUAGGUAUACCCAUCCAGUAUCAACGUUUUUGGUUGUGGGCAAAGCGCCAAAACAGCACAUACAGGCCAAAUAGACCACUGACACCUCAGGAAGAAGCACAAUCAAUGCUUGUUUUGGAUAAUAAGCAUGUCCCCGACAUGCCUAAUGUUGGACUGUUAAGAGAAGUUUCCAAUAGAGCAAAUAAUGCAGAGAUGAAUUUAUUUUUGGAACUAGAAAUGGAGAAGGAUUUGCGGCCUAUUCCUCCCCCUGAGAAGUCAAAAGAGAAUCUCUUGCUUUUCUUUAAACUUUAUGAACCUUCAAAUGAAAAGCUUUGGUACGUUGGACGGCUCUUUGUGAUGUGUAGCGGUAAGCCAGCAGAUAUAUUGGUAAAACUAAAUGAAAUGGCUGGAUAUGCUCCGGAUGAAGAAAUAGACUUGUUUGAGGAGAUAAAAUUUGAACCUAGUGUCAUGUGUGAACCUGUUGACAAGAAAUCCACAUUCCGUGACAGUCAGCUUGAGGAUGGUGAUAUUAUUUGCUUCCAGAAGUCCCACCAUACUGGAACCAGAGAGCCAUAUCGCUAUCCAGAUGUUCCUUCUUUCUUGGAAUAUGUGCAUAACCGUCUGGUUGUUCGCUUUCGGAUUUUGGAAAAACCAAAGGAGGAUGAAUUUAGUCUUGAGCUGUCAAAGCUUGACACCUAUGACAAUGUUGUCGAAGAAGUUGCUCAACAUAUUGGUUUGAAUGAUCCUUGUAAAAUCAGACUCACAUGUCAUAACUGCUACUCCCAGCAACCUAAACCACAGCCUAUAAAAUACAGAGGAAUGGAACAUUUGUCAGACAUGCUGAUUCAUUAUAAUCAGACUUCUGAUAUUCUAUACUAUGAAGUACUGGAUAUCCCUCUGCCAGAAUUACAAUGCCUAAAAACUCUGAAAAUUACUUUCCAUCAUGCUACCAAAGAUGAAGUGGUGACUCAUACUAUUAGAUUACCGAAACAUAGUAUUGUGUCAGAUGUAAUUAAUGAUCUUAAAUCAAAGGUAGAUUUAUCACAUCCAGAUGCAGAACUUAGAUUGCUUGAGGUUUUCUAUCACAAGAUCUAUAAGGUUUUCCAUUUCAAUGAAAAGAUUGAGAAUAUUAAUGAUCAAUAUUGGAUGCUUCGAGUAGAGGAGGAAUUAGUCAAGAGGGAUGUUAUGGUCAAUCGUAUUCCUGAAGAAGAGAAAAACCUUGGCCCUCAUCAUCGGUUGAUCCAUGUUUAUCAUUUUCUGAGAGACACUGCUCAAAAGCAGCAAGUUCAGAACUUCGGACAUCCUUUUUUCUUAGUUAUCCAUGAGAGUGAGACAUUAGCUGAAGUCAAAUUGCGAAUACAGAGAAAGUUGCAAGUUCCAGAUGAGGAGUUUUCAAAGUGGAGGUUUGCAUUUCUGUCAUUUGGUCGUCCUGAGUACCUUGAAGAUUCAGAUAUUGUUUACACUCGAUUUCAGAGAAGGGAUAUAUAUGGUGCGUGGGAGCAAUACCUCGGACUGGAACACACUGAUAAUGCUCCUAAGAGAUCGAGCCCAGCCAAUCAGAAGGUUGGUUUUGAUAUUCCGUUUCCAUUUGGUACACAACAUUUUGGGGUUGGGUUUUGUAUAGAAGUGAGGCGUCGAGAGGAUGGGAAAUGUCUAAUGCUUCUGCUGGAGAGGUCAGGUGUAAAUUUUCCCUUGUGCCUUUCUUCGCCUUAG